ACAGGACUAGCCAAGGCCCAACGUGGUGGUUAGUGAAUGCUCACUGUUAACGCCGCAAUCAUAUCGAGUUCGAUCGUGUGAUCGAAAGCCACGCGGUUGGAGGAAUGGCGAAGAUUAGAUUGGUCCCGAACGCGUUUCAAUAUCUUAGUUCCGAUCUUGUUCGCCACCAGAGCACAGGUAAAAUGUCUAUGGGCGGAGCUCCGGCGAUGUUCAACUUGUAUUCUGACUUCAUACCCAGGCUCUAGGUCUCAUACAUUACUGUCGCUCACAGCGAGCUUUGGGCUGAGCCAUUGCCUGGAUUCACUGUCAAUGCUCCUAGCAGUUCUUCGGUUUCCAGUGUCCGUCCUUAGCCGUCCACAACAUAUAGCGCAGUAUAUUCGCAGCCAGUCCGCCGGUCGUAGAGUGCAAGCCCCGAUAGGCUAUUUCGAUAGACACUUAUCCUGUUCUCGAAUCGCCCAACGCCCUAUCAGUGCUUUGGCGAGUCAGGUGAAGAAAGAUGAAGACGAAAUUCAACAGAGGGAAUCUGAGGAGGAUUUGGAGGAGGAAGUUUCACUCAACCGACCUCAGGAUCAACAUGAGCAUGCCGUAAUCUCAGCGUUCGAUUUGUUCAGUAUCGGGGUCGGACCCAGUUCUUCCCAUACAGUGGGGCCUAUGCGAGCUGGCAAGAUAUUUAUAAACGAUCUGGAAGAGUUGAAUUUGCUAGAGAAGGUCAAGACCGUUAAGAUCACGCUUUAUGGCUCGCUCGCAGCCACAGGUAAAGGCCAUCAUACACCUCAAGCCAUUCUUUUAGGACUAGAAGGCUCGGAUCCAGAAACCAUAGAUACUGGUACCAUCCCUUCAAGAUAUCAAGCUAUUCUCGAUAAUAAGCAUCUCACACUUGGCGGAAAGCAUGUUAUCCAUUAUGAUAUGGACCGAGAUAUGCUGUGGCGCUGGGACCAAGUCCUUAAAACUCAUCCGAACGGAAUGCGAUUUUCAGUCUUCUCAGAACAUGGUGACUUACUCGCCACCAACGAAUACUACAGCGUUGGUGGAGGAUUCGUUGUCAACGACAAAACCAAAGUGGACGAGAACCUGUUCUACAAGGGUGUCGACAAGAGUUCAGUACACGGUGCUAGAUUGCAUCAGACCCAUAGCUUGUCAGAUCCAACUCCGGGCGCGCCACCACCGCCUCCGGAUCCAUGUCAACCGCCUUAUCCAUUUGCGUCUGGAGACAGUUUACUCGCACUAACCAGGAAACACAAUAUGACGAUUGCGCAAAUCGUUUAUGACAACGAGCUUCAUUUCGGUCUAGGACAUGACGAGAUUCACGAGAAAAUUAUGAGGAUAUGGGCAGUCAUGGAUGACUGUAUUCGCCAAGGCGUUUCUUCUUCCGAGGAGAAACUCCCAGGUCGUUUAGGCCUACGUCGCCGCGCACCUAUGCUCUACAGACGACUAAUGAGAGGGUUUUACCCUGGCUUGUCCACGCCGCACAUGCCAUCAAUCGCCGCUGGUGAACAAGCCCCAGCUAUUCAUGCUCCGGAAGGCUUCGAUGGGAUUUCUUCAAGCCAUCUGGACCAUCCUGAGCAUGCCAAAGGUAGUCAUCCACGUAGCCGACUACCCGCUGCUGCAAGAGCACGAAGGGUUGUUGGGUCAUUCGAUCAUCCUGUUCUGCCUAUGGCCCCACGCAAGACUAUGAUACCCGCCAUGGACUUCCUGUCGUGUUAUGCUAUCGCUGUGAACGAGGUGAAUGCGAGUGGAGGAAGGAUAGUCACUUCUCCGACUAACGGCGCUGCUGGAGUCAUACCAGCCGUGUUGAAGUAUAUCGUCGAGUUCAUCAGCGACGACCCUGUGAAAUCAGUAGAGACCUUCUUAUUGACAGCCGCGGCCAUUGGUAUGCUCUUCAAGCGGGGUAGUACAAUUUCUGCUGCCGAGGGGGGAUGUCAGGCCGAAGUAGGAGUUGCUUGCUCGAUGGCGAGUGCAGGCUUCGCUGCAUGUAUGGGAGCCACUCCGGAGACUGUUUUACAGGCAGCCGAGAUUGGAAUCGAGCAUAACCUGGGUUUGACGUGUGAUCCAAUCGAUGGUUUGGUUCAGGUUCCAUGCAUAGAACGAAACAGUCUCGGUGCCGUAAAAGCUGUGACUGCUGCUCAGCUUUCCAUGGCUAGUUCAAAUGUAUACAGCGUCACCCUUGAUGAAGCUAUCGAAGCUAUGAGGCUCACAGCGGCGGAUAUGAGUGUGAAGUAUAAGGAGACUAGUUUAUCAGGACUUGCGAGGACCGUGAAAAUACCGCUUACGAUGCCUAAUUGUUGAUCGGGCUGCCAAGACUCGCAGUGAGCACAGAAGACUUUCACCUAGACUCACAGUUACUCCAUGUUCUGUGACGGACAUUAUAGAGUAGGUGAUGCAUACUGAAGUGCAUACGUUAGAUUUCCACUUUGUUCUUGGAGCCAUGCUAGUGUAUCGAGGGAUUCGAACUAUUAUACAAGACUCGGACUAUUUCAUGUCGUAUUACUAGUACUCGUUCCAUUCUUUCGUUCAGAAUUCUGGUGGCGGCGCGAGCGCAAGCAUGCUGAACUGUACGCUGGCUGCCGUGUCGACGUAGUGCUCCUUGACGACCCUCGC